GGAAGCCCACUGAAAAAGAAAGCGCGCCGCCAGUCGAGCGUGUCUUUGGCCCGCGAUGCCGGCGUGCUGACGGACGCCCCAUGGCUGCGCUCACGAUGAAAGCCCUCAUGCUGGUGGCCCUAGCGGCCACUGCGGUGCGGGGCCAGUCGGACUUCACGGACCAGGCGACCAAGCAGUUCCUGGGCAUGCUGUUCGCACCGUUCGGCUCCAAGCCGAGCGCCACUGCUGCCGCAUCGGCGCCGCUUUACGAGGCUGCUUCGCGGCCACUGAGGAGUUCGGCGCACCACGAUGAGCCCGAGUACGGCAAGCCAACCUACAGCCUGACACCGCCCCGUUCGUACAGGCGGCCAGAGUCACCUUACAGGGCUCCAGCCAGCAGCUACCCGCGAAGUAAGUCACGCUCAGGGCCCUGGAUCUCACCACCCGAAGAGCACUGGGUACCUCCACCCAGUCACUGGGAGCCGCAACCGUGGAACCCACCAAAGCCAAAGCACGGUGCGGUCACCAUCAAGAUCCGGCCCGCUGCACCCGAGGAAGAUCAUCACCACCACCAUCACUCAUGGGAAGACCACAGCCACGACCACAGCCACGAUCACGGCCACGGCCAUGGCUGGCACAUAAAAAAGAAACCACACUACAAGACGGUUGAUGCAAAGAUACGCAUCCCACCAGUAAAGUUCCGCCUGCAUGUGAGCCCCAAGAUACGCAUCGUGAGCGGCACCAAGGACCCGUUGGAAAGGCCGCCACCACCUGAACCCGAGGAACACUUUCCGUGGGAGAAACCUAGCACUGGCUGGGAGAAGCCCACGUGGAAGCCGCCUUCUGGAUGGGAGAAAUAUGCAAGCAGUGGAUGGGACAAGCCACAUUCCGGAGGUUGGGACAGACCCCACUCGGGUGGUUGGGACAAGCACCACUCUAGUGGCUGGGACAAACACCAUUCCAGCGGCUGGGAAAAGCAUCCCUCUAGUGGCUGGGAGAAGCAUCCAUCUAGCAGUUGGGACCGAUACCCGUCCAGCGGUUGGGAGAAACCUACACGUGGCUGGGAGCGCCCACCAUCCGGAGGCUGGGAACGAUCAUCACAGUCGGGGGGCUGGGAGAAGCCAGCGGCUAGUGGCUGGGAACACUACAGCUCUAGUGGCAGCUGGCAAUCACCAUCAGGCGGCUGGAAACCGGACACAAGUGCUUGGGACAAGUUUGCUACAGGCUGGGAUGACUCGCACCACAAACACUUUAAGCCCCAUCAUAGGCAUUACCCGCCAGACUACCCACGCUACGACCCCAAAUUUCGCAUCAAGGUUCAUCCACAUAUUGUAACUGACCCUCCGCCAUCAACAACAACUACCACUACAGAAGCUCCGACAUCCUCUAGCCUACGCAACGAACCCCCCAAGCCUGAGGAGCGUGCAGACAGAGUGGAUACAACAACUGCCAUCACCUCAACAACAGAAUCAACCACAGCUGCAACCACAGAGUCAACCACAACCGAGCCAACCACAACUACCACAGAGCCCACCACGACUACCACAGAGCCCACCACAACUACCACAGAGCCCAUCACCACCACUACGGAGUCCACCACAACUAUGACAGAACCCACCACAAGCACCACAACUGCGGAACCAACAACGUACAGUGAAAAAACAGUGCCUCCAACACUACCCACAACCACUUUCUACACUGUGGACACCUCAGUGGACCUCACUACCCCUGGGGGCCUCGAAAGAGAAGCACCCACAUCAGGGUCACCUACAGAAAAGACCACCUUAAGUCCUGAUGAGACCACCAUGAAUCCUUCAACAUAUCGCACUGAUGAAACAACCAUGGCAAUGACAACAGCAGAGACUACUGCAAUGAGCACUACCUACACGGAACCUUAUGAAGAACGUGAUGGUGUGACUCCUGAAAUUCUUCCAGAAAAAAGGUCACGAGACCCAUCUACAACAGAAGCCAGCAAUGAGGACUACCCUGAGAACAAAAAUAGUCAGGAAAAACCAAGUGAUCCAAGGUUUCACACUAUUGAUGAUGAGAGAGCGUACAAAAGGGACCAUGGCAAAAAGGCUGAGACCACAACAGCAGAGGAAAACAGUUCAGAAGUUGUAAGCACUACACCAACAGCUGCACAAACCACACCAGUGGAAUCCGAUGAACAUAAUGAAGUCACCAUUAAGAAGCCAGAGAGUAGCGCAAAGCCAAGCAAGGUUGACAGGGACCUGCCACUCAUCGCCGAUCCAUCCAGCCCCGAGGAAGUAUCAGCCACUGGUUUGAAUGCAUGACUAGUGUCGAUGUUGGUGGGCGAUGGAGAAGCAAGCCACUGGCACACAGUGCUGGGUUCAGUGGCCAGAGCAGUCAAUGAGUACAAGAACUACUACUGAGCAUUGCACCAUAAGUUUCUCAAUGUCCCCAGUGAGAGAAUACAAAAAUGAGGGGACAGAAAUGCCAUACACAUGCUCAUGGUGCAAAUUCAGGCUGCCAGCUUCUCGUGCACAUCCCCACCAACAUCGGAAGCACAUUCUCUGAUGAAGAAAUUUGCCUCUGUGCAAAGGACCCACUCAGAUAUCUUAGUCCAGACGUAUGUUGACUUGUUGGUCUACUGUUCACUUGCUUCUUGCAGCUGACGGUGGACAUAUUUUAAUACCACUUUGUUGUAAAUAGACAUUCAACAUUGCUGAACUUGCAGAGAGUUCUGAAUUAAUGUUAUCAUUCCAGUGUGCCUCUUGGGACAGGUUGUGGAGCCCUACUUACUCAAAACAUACUGCCAUAUCAGAAAUGGAGCACUGUUGAAAGCUGCGAAGAAUGAAUGGUUUCAUGGGUCAACGUGUGUGAGUGUGGGUGUGUGUGUCAGGUGGUGGUGGGCAAGAGAACAGUGCAAUUGGUGCUUUUUGCACACGGUGUUGACACUGCUAAUAAAUUACUUGUGUAAACAUG